AGCAUCCCUCCACGGACGCCAGUGCUGCUGUAGCCUACCAGCACACAAUUGCCCCGUACGUGCAGAUAGUACUCUGGUUCGAUGGCUUCAGGGAAACGGAAUUUCUGCAUUUGAGCCUCAGUUCAGUGAUUCGGGACUUACUAAAGCUUUCAAUGUAAUAUUUGACACGACUGCUGCAGACCGGUGACUUCUUCCCAAAGACCAGACGAAGUGCCAAGUGAUGCCAAAACAGUGCGCGCGGACAACCAAUCAGUGCGUGUUUCUCUCUCUCUCUUUAUCAAGUAUUUGGAUUUGGCAAAUCAAAGCCUUUCAAGGUUCAUUCCUUCAACUAACUUCAUAGUUUGCUUCAAUUAUUUUUUAACUUGGAAUAUUGGAUGUUUUUCUUCUUCACAAAAACCCUUUUAGUCACUUGAAUGGGAUUGUGACCUCUCAUCAAUGAAGUCCGGCAGGUGACCAACGAAUUAAAUAUGAGAAGUUUGAUUGUUUUUAUUCUAGCUUUAUCAACGUGUCUGUCAGUGGUGAGUGGAAGACAUCCAACAUGUAACUUCCUUCUGGAGCUUGAGAAAGACCAGGAGGAAUGUCUUGUGAAGCUGAGGGAACAAGAAUCUUCAAAUGCCUCCAAAGGAGCGGGAUGCAAAGCUAUCUGGGAUAACAUAGCAUGUUGGGGCCGUGCAGAGGUUGGAGAGACCGUCUCUAGGGAAUGUCCCAGAGUGCUCAAGACAUUCUUUGGCAGAAAUGGAAACAUAAGUAAGAACUGUACAGAAGACGGAUGGUCUGAAGUUUUUCCCCAAAUAACCCGUGUGUGUGGGGCAGAGGAAAAGCAUGAUAAGCUGGUCUUCUUUAUGGUGGUGAAGACUCUGUACACCCUGGGCCACAGUUUGUCUUUGAUCGCCCUCACAACCGGGAGCGCCAUCCUCUGUGUAUUCAGAAAACUCCACUGCACGAGGAACUACAUUCACCUCAACCUGUUCUUUUCCUUCAUCCUGAGGGCGGUGGCGGUCCUUGUGAAGGACGACAUCCUCUUCUCUCGCAGCAAUCAGUGUUCUGAGCUGCCUUCACUGAUUGGAUGCAAGGCGAGCCUGGUGAUUUUUCACUACUUUAUCAUGGCCAACUUCUUCUGGUUGCUGGUUGAGGGCCUCUACCUCCAUAUGCUGCUGAUUGUCAUCUUCUCUGAAAAUAGGCACUUCAUCGUUUACCUUCUCAUUGGCUGGGGAAUCCCAACAGUGUUUGUUUCUGCAUGGGCUAUUGCAAGGGUUUAUUAUGAGGAUACUGGCUGCUGGGAACAGAAUGAUAACCCAAUCCCAAUGUGGGUGAUCAAUGUGCCCAUAGGAAUCUCCAUCAUGGUGAACUUCCUCCUGUUCAUCAGUAUUAUAAGAAUCCUGGUUCAGAAACUGAGGUGUCCUGAUGUGGGUGGCAACGACCAGUCACAAUACAGGAGGUUGGCCAAAUCCACUCUCCUGUUGAUCCCUCUGUUUGGCAUCCAUUAUGUUGUCUUUGUGUCUCUCAAUGAAUCCAUGGUAGAUUACAAAAUCUUCUUUGACCUCGCUAUCGGAUCCUUUCAGGGCCUGGUGGUUGUCAUCCUGUACUGUUUCUUAAACAGUGAGGUUCAAGGGGAACUGAAGAGAAAAUGGCAGAGUAUAUGCCUCAACUGCCAUAUGGCCAGAAACUACACCCAGCACAACACCUCAGCCUCCAGAAACGGCUCAGAGAACAUGGCUCAGUUCCAACGUAACUGUCGGGCCCAGUCCUUCCUGCAGACCGAGACUACUGUACUGUGAGGGCUGCGGGUAAAGAGGCAUCUGUCUCCAUUAAAACGCUAUAAAACUCUGCUAUUGGCCUAAAUACACACUACAGCAAGCAUAGGCUACAGUUGUGGGCACUAAAAAGUUAGGUUGGCCCACAGUAUUGGCAGAACAAUUACUGAAAUGGCUCUAGGAUCUUCUAAUGAGUGUGUCUAUUAAACCUGUACCCUUUAUUGUGCCUGCAACUUAUGGCAGAUGUCAUAACAGGGUAUUUUUAACAGAUAUGAAUAAAUUGGUCUGUCUGCAGUAAUGCCAAUGUUUUUAAGUCAUUGGUUAGUUUAAAUAAACCUUUCAUUAAACGAUGCCAGGGUGAAGUGCUGUGCAUGGCUAGUAUACUUCUUCCACUCUCUUUCCCUCUCCCUCUUCCUCUCUCUUUCCCUCUUCCUCUCCCUCUGUGGUGAAAUGGAUUUCACACUGUGCUUAAUGACCUCAUGCAGCCCUCUACCCAUGUGUUCUGACACUAGUCUAAAUGAACAAUGUCUUUCAAGUUAAUAUCUGAGUCUCAAAUGGCACCCUAUUUCCUAUAUAGUGCACUACUUUUGACCAAAGCCCUAUGGACCCUGGUCAAAAGUAGUGCACUAAACAGGGAAUAGGGUGUCAUUUGGGACAUUAACACUAUCGUUUGAGUCAUUUGUGAUGACUUUCAGAGUGAAAAGAACUAAAGGGUAAGAGAUUUAUGGAUUCAAAUUAACAAUGGUUUCAUCUUGACCGUCAAACAUUGUAUCUACUUUCGUAAAUGUAAAACAACUGUAGCAUAGAUUUAGUUUUCUUCAUGGUUCAUUUGCUGUUUAAACAAUUAAGCAAUGGGUUGUCGAACUGAACUGGGGUUCUAGUAGAUCUAAUUUUGUCAAACAUGAUUACAAGGAGACUAGGAUUGUCAUGGCAAAGAUGUAUAGAUAGAUAUACAGUAUGUACAUUUUUCAUGUUGCUUUGUAUUACCGUCGAGAGGAUUAAAAUGGAUAUAGAGAAUUAAAUGAGAUAGUUGAGAACAAGUACAAUAUGAGCAGGUAGGAGAGGAGAUGAAUUGUAAAGGACCAUUGUGUAUAUUAGAGGGUCUAUUGACCUACUGCAAAGUCUAAAGUACUGGUAUGUCAUUUUUGCUAAGAUAUUACUCAGCAUUAUUUUCUGCAAAGACACCAUGAAUGUCAUACCACAACAUGAUUGAUGAACAAUCUCUUGUUAGUAUUGUAUCAUGUGAAUGUAAUUUUCCUCUUUAUCUUUUACAGUAUGUUAUGCUUUUGUGUGUGUUCAUUCCUCACUAAGACAACCAACCAAAGCCAUCUCUGUUGUAUGUUAUGUACCUAUGCUGUCUAUUUAAAUUUUAACUCAAGGUAUGAGUUCUGUGGUAGAUCCAUGCUCCUGUCUGGACUGCUAUACACACAUCCAUCCGGCUGAACAAACUGACCCUGAGCCUGACCGGGAUUUCAGGUGCUUCGUGUAGAUAUGGAAGACAGAUAGGAAAUGACUGCUGAUUACCUCACAAAGGUGUUUCCACUGACAAGGUGACAAUGUUUAGACUUGAGGUCAUACGAGAAGGAGACCUAAGCUCCAACACGGUCAUCUUUUGUGUUUCCUAGAAAAAUCCGCCCAAAUGUACUAUUAUUCCCUGAUCUCCGAAGACAUUUCAAAUGUUGAGCGAACUCAUGUUUUUGCCAUGUAGAAAUCUGCCAGGAUUGUGUUUUUUGCAUGUUUGUCAUUGAUGUAGUCAAUCAAAAUGUUAACAGUGCCUAAUACUUUCUAUUUCAUCUUAGAGUUAUUUUAUUCUACAUUCUGUUGCUGUCUCCUUCCCAAAUGGCACAAUAUCCCCUACAUGGUGCACUACUUUGACCCUCUCUGGUCAAAAGUAGUGGACAAUAUAGGGAAUAGGGUGCCAUGUAGGGUGCAUCCUAUGUGUAUAUUAAAGAUCCAAGGAGGUGGAGAAGUGGAGUAAUGUCAUAGCUACCACAGUUAAUGUGUUCAUUUUGUGAACAUUAGUGAUGUAUCCUUGUAUUGAUGAGCCUGAACACCAGUCUGUUUGUGUUUUCAUGCCAAGUGUCAUGCGCAUUGUCAUUGGCUUUACAUGGACCGCCAUGGAGUUGGCAAGAGCAUAAACAGAUCUGGAACCAGGCUAUGUAUUGAUGUCCUUAUGAGAACAAAAUGUAUUUUUGCCGUUAUGGUCAAGAGAUAUUUCCAUUAGCUGAUUUCUCACCGCUAUACAGUGGACAUGCUCUAAGGUUGCAUAACAAACACUUUUAUAUAUUAGCAACAUGCUUUCGAAUGAUGCUUUGUUUAAUGUCUGGGUAUGUAUGUUAUGAGCACAUGAUGAAUAAACUUGACCUUCAAUAUUUAAUCUUCUCAUGACUUACAUAUUGAUGAGACUAGUUCUUAAAUAAAU